UAGUCAAUCUGUAGCCUUUGCCUACCAUGUCAAAUAUACAGUGCAUUCAGAAAGUAUUCAGACCUUCACUUUUUCCACAUUUUGUUACAUUACAGCCUUAUUUUAAAACGUAUUAAAUCAAAAAAAUUAUCAUUAGUCUACACACAAUACCCCAUAAUGACAAAACAAAAACAGGUUUCGAAAUUUUGGCAAAUGUAUAUAAAAAGAAAACGAUACCUUAUUUACAUAAGUAUUCAGACCCUUUGCUAGGAGACUCGAAAUUGAGCUCAGGUGCAUCCUGUCUCCAUUGAUUAUCCUUGAUGUUUCUACAACUUGAUUGUAGUCCAGCUGUGGUAAAUUCAAUUGAGUGGACAUGAUUUGGAAAGGCACACACCCGUUUAUACAAGGUCACAGUGCAUGUCAUAGCAAAAACCAAGCCAUGAGGUCGAAGGAAUUGUCAAUAGAGCUCAGAGACAGGAUUGUGUCGAGGCACAGAUCUGGGGAAGGGUACCAAAACAUUUCUGCAGCAUUGAAGGUCCCCAAGAACACAGUGGCCUCCGUCAUUCUUAAAUGGAAGAAGUUUGGAACCACCAAGACUCCUAGACUUCCUAGAGCUGGGAGCCCGACCAAACUGAGCAAUCGGAGAAGGGCCUCACUCUGACAGAGCUCCAGAGAACCUUCCAGAAGGAAAAACAUCUCUGCAGCACACCACCAAUCAGACCUUCAUGGUAGAGUGGCCAGACAAAAGACACUCCUCAGUAAAAGGCACAUGACAGCCCACUUGGAGUUUGCCAAAAGGCACCUACAGGACUCAGACCAUGAGAAACAAGAUUCUCUGGUCUGAUGAAACCAAGAUUGAACUCUUUGGCCUGAAUGCCAAGCGUCACUUCUGUUGGAAAUCUGGCACCAUCCAUACAGUGAAGCAUGGUGGUCGGGCAGCGUCAUGCUGUGGGGAUGUUUUUCAGCUGCAGGGUCUGGGAGACUAGUCAGGAUUGAAGGAAAGAUGAACGGAGCAAAGUACAGGGAGAUCCUUGAUGAAAACCUGCUCCAGAGUGCUCAGGACCCCAGACUGGGGCGAAGGUUCAUCUUCCAACAGGACAACAACUGUAAGCACACAGCGAAGACAACGCAGGAGGGGCUUCGGGACAAGUCUCAAUGUCCUGGAGUGGCCCAGCCAGAGCCCGUACUUGAACCCGAUCGAACAUCUCUAGAGAGACCUGAAAAUAGCUGUGCAGCGACGCUUCCCAUCCAACCUGACAGAGCUUGAAAGGAUCUGCAGAGAAGAAUGUAAGAAACUCCCCAAAUACAGGUGCGCCAAGCUUGUUGCAUCAUACCCAAGAAAACUUGAGGCUGUAAACGCUGCCAAAGGUGCUUCAACAAAGUACUGGGUAAAGUCCACAUACUAAUGUAAAUGUGUUCAGUUUUUGAUUUUUCAUAAAUUUUCAAACAUUUUUUAAAAAGUUUUUGAUUUGUCAUUAUGGGAUACUGUGUAGAUUGAUGACGGGGAAACAAAAUGUGGAGAAAAAAAAUCAAGGGGUCUGAAUACACUGUAUAUGCUACUCUUAUAAUGAAUGAGCUAAAUGCUCAAACCUAAAUGCUUUCGUCAGCAGAGAAGGCCAAAAACCAACUAGAGACGCUCCACUCUACAGGAACUGAGUAAAGUGGGGGAUCUCCUGGCUAGAAACAAAAGCCCUCACACAGAAGACAGUGAGGUGGAGCAUCAUGGUGGAUGCCCUAUGCUCCCAAUUGUGCCAAGCGGUUAAAGUCAAGAAAUUGCCACGACACUAACCAAUGAGACCUACCUUCAGCAGGUUGUCCAGUUGGGUGAUCUUCAAUGGGAUGUAGUUUGAAAACAGAUCCUCUGCCUAAAAAAAACAGAAAUAGAUCAAGACCCUGGGACUUAACACCUCCCUCUGCAACUGGAUCCUGGACUUCCUGACGGGCCGCCCGCCAGGUGGUAAGGGUGUUUCUCCACCGCCUAAACCAGUACGCAGCCACGAAGAUCGACAAGAACGUCACAGAGGAAACCGUUAAGGUGCUGUUCUCUAACCUGGAGGAAAUCCUGUCUGUGCACCGUAACUUCCUGUCCAUGGUAGAAGAGCUGCUGCAGCCAGACCCCCACGCUCACCACGAAGUGGGCCGCUGCUUCCUGCACUUUAGGAGUGGUUUUCAGAUCUACGAUGAGUACUGUGGGAACCAUGAGAAAGCUCAGAGAUUGCUGCUGGAACUCAACAAAAUCAGGACCGUCAGAACAUGCUUACUGAACUGUAUGUUGCUGGGGGGCCGGAAGAAUACAGAGGUUCCAUUGGAGGGCUACCUGGUCGCUCCCAUUCAGAGGAUCUGCAAGUACCCACUGCUGCUCAGGGAGCUGCUAAAGAGGACUCCUAAGAAACACAAUGACUACUCCCUGGUGCUGGAGUCUCUGCAGGUCAUGAAGGCUGUUUGUUCCUCCAUCAACGAGGCCAAGAGACAGAUGGAGAAACUAGAGGUGCUGGAGGAGUGGCAGUCCCACAUCGAGGGAUGGGAGGGUUCCAAUAUAACAGACACGUGUACAGAGAUGUUGAUGCAUGGAGUGCUGCUGAAGAUCUCAGCUGGUAACGUCCAGGAACGCAUCUUCUUCCUCUUCGACAACCUGCUGGUCUACUGCAAGAAGAAAAACAGGCGUUUAAAAAACAGCAAGGCGGCUACAGAGGGACCUCGUUACCUGUUCAGAGGAAGAAUCAACACCGAGGUGAUGGAGGUGGAGAACGUAGAUGACGGAACAGCGGAUUACCACAGCAGCGGGAACAUAGUGAACAACGGCUGGAAGAUCCACAACACAGCCAAGAACAAGUGGUUUGUGUGCAUGGCCAAGACCCCAGAGGAGAAACAGGAGUGGCUGGAGGCUAUACUCAAAGAGAGGGAGAGGAGGAAAACGUUGAGGCUGGGGAUGGAGCAGGACACGUGGGUGAUGGUGUCAGAGAAAGGAGAGAAGCUCUAUCACCUGAUGACUAAGCAGGGACACCUCAUCAAGGACAGGAAACGCAAGCUCACCACAUUCCCCAAGUGCUUCCUGGGAAGUGAGUUUGUGAGCUGGCUGGUGGACAUUGGGGAGACUGAUAACCCAGAGGAGGGGGUUCAUCUGGGACAGGCUCUACUGGAGAACGGCAUCAUACACCAUGUCACAGACAAACACCAGUUCAAGCCAGAGCCGGUGCUGUACCGUUUCCGCUAUGACGACGGGACCUACCACCCCAGGAGUGACAUGCAGGACGUCAUCUCCAAGGGUGUCAGACUCUUCUGCAGGCUCCAUAGUCUCUUCACUCCGGUCAUCAGGGACAAGGACUACCACCUGAGAACGUACAAGUCGGUGGUGAUGGCCAACAAGUUGAUAGACUGGCUCAUAGCACAGGGGGACUGCAGGACGAGGGAGGAGUCGUUGAUCUUGGGGAAGGAGCUGUGUGACAAUGGCUUCAUGCACCACGUGUUGGAAAAGAGUGAGUUCAAAGACGAGCCUCUGUUGUUCCGUUUCUUUGCGGAUGAGGAGAUGGAGGGAUCAAACACCAAACACAAGCAAGCCAUGAAGCACGACCUGAAGAUAGCUGAGAAUGUCAUCGCCAAGUCACUGUUGAUAAGACCCAGUGAAGGAGGUUAUGGUUUCAGCCUGGAGGACAGAAACAGAGUACCCAUCAUCAAGUCAGUGGAGAAGGGCUCGCAUGCAGAGAUGGCAGGUCUAGAGGUGGGGAGGAAGGUGUUUUCUAUAAAUGGAGAUCUGGUGUUCCUGAGGCCGUUCCCUGAGAUGGAGGCUUUCCUCAAACACUGCUUCACCAGCAAGGGACCUCUCAGAGUGCUGGUUAGCACCAAGCCUAGAGAGACAGUGAAGAUCCCAGACUCAGCAGACGGACUGGGGUUCCAGAUCAGGGGCUUUGGCCCUUCUGUGGUGCACGCUGUUGGCAGAGGUACGGUGGCAGCCAUCGCAGGGCUCCACCCCGGCCAGUGCAUCAUCAAGGUGAACAACAUCAACGUCAGUAAGGAGAGCCACGCCAGCGUCAUCGCACACGUUACUGCCUGUAGGAAAUACAGAAGACCCACACAGCAGGACAGUAUACAGUGGGUGUAUAACAACAGUGAGAGUUCCCAGGAGGACCAGGGGAAGAACCAGAAACAAACUGCUGAGGAGAACGGGGACGGCUUCCAGUGUAAAGUAGAGGAGGUGAUGGAUAAGUUUAACACCAUCGCUAUCAUUGAUGGUAAGAAGGACCACGUGAGUCUGACCGUAGACAACGUCCAUCUGGAGUAUGGAGUGGUGUACGACUACGACAGCACCGCCGGGAUCAAGUGUAGAGUCCUGGAGAAGAUGGUGGAGCCAAAAGGAUUCUUCAGCCUCACAGCCAAGAUCCUGGAGGCGCUGGCGCAUAGUGAUGACACACUGGUUCAGAUGUGCAGUAGACUGAGCUCCAGCUGUGACGUCAUCCCCGAGAACCUGCAGGUCCGCUUCAGCGCCAUGUGUGGAGAGCGGAUGGAACACAUCAACAGACGUAUCACCAACUACAGAAAGUUCUCGCGGGUGUUGAAGAACAGGGCGUGGCCCACCUUUAAGCAGGCUAAAACCAAGGUGUCCCCGCUCCACAGCAGCGACUUCUGCCCCACCAACUGCCAUGUGAACGUGAUGGAGGUGUCCUACCCCAAAACCACCACCUCUCUGGGCAGCGCCUUCGGAGUGCAGCUGGACAACAGGAAGAGCUCCACCCUGGAGAGAGGAGGUCGCAACGCCGAACAAGGUAAGCUGAACCCCAUGGUGUACGUACAACACACCAUCACCAGUAUGGCAGCUCCGUCAGGUCACAGUCUGGGUCGUACGGAGGGUCACGGCCUCCGCUUCCUGCUCCGGGAGGAUGACCUGCUGAUCUUGGACUCCUACCAGAAACUACUGGGCAAGCUGACCACGCUGGUGAAAGAGAUGGAGGGCCACGCCUCACAGAUACACGACCUCCUCUCCUCCAUCACCCUCCCACCUGCCUCAGACAUGAAGACCCCAGAGAGUUACAUCUCAGCGGAAAGCGAAGGAGAGCGAGGAGGAGAGAAGAACGGAAAGAAGGUGUGUUUUAACGUCGCCGGAGACGAACAGGAGGACUCAGGACACGACACCAUCAGCAACAGAGACUCCUACAGUGACUGUAACAGCAACAGGAACUCCAUAGCUUCCUUCACCAGUAUCUGUAGCAGCCACUGCAGCUCCUAUGUUCACAGUGAUGAGAUGGACUCAGGAGACGAGAUGCCUGCCAGUGUAUGGAUAUCUCAUGACAAGCAGAAGAAACUACACAGCUUCCUGGAGCAUCUCUUCAGCCAGGUGGAGUCCAUCACCAGUCUGCUGAAGGGAGCGGUGGUGGCCAAGGCCUUUGAACAGACCAAGUGUUUCACACCUGGACGAGGACUACAAGAGUUCCAGCAGGAGAUGGAUCCUCGGGUUAACUGUACCAAGAAGCUCCGUGUCCACAUCAAGCAGGACCCAUGGAACCUCCCCAGCAGCGUACAGGCCCUCACACACACCAUCGCCAAGUUUGUAGAAGAGGUGAAGACACGACUGCUCUUGGUCCUACUACAGUACACAGACUCAGAGAUCCAGUUGAGAAGAGAUAUGGUGUUCUGUCAGUCUCUGGUAGCAGCUGUUUGUGCCUUCUCCCAACACCUACUGGCUGUUCUCAACCAGACCCAGGGAUCAGGCAGGGAGUCAGACCCAGAGGCACCGGACCCCCAGGACCCUCAGGAGGCCCAGGAGGCAAGCCGACGGUGGCUGGAACAGAUAGCCUCCGCUGGGCUACUUCUCCACUUCCAGUCCCUCCUCUCUCCCAACCUGACUGACGAGCAGGCCAUGUUGGAGGAUACUCAGGUAGCUCUGAUUGACUUGGAGAAAGUCACCUUCUACUUCAGACAGUUUGAAGGAGAACCACUGGUUGCAAACAUGCCCAUGUCGUAUGCGGUGGAGGGGACACGCCAGGCCCUGAAGGUCUGUUUCUACGUGGAGACAUUCUACUUCUCCCAGCUACCCCAGCGCCUCCGGAACGGAGGAGGCUUCAAGAUCUACCCUGUCCUAUUCACCCAGGCUCUAGAGAGUAUGGAAGGGUAUUACUACAGGGAUAGUGUGUCUGUAGAGGAAUACCAGGCUCAGAUUAACUCUGCCUCGCUGGACAAAGUCAAACAGUACUACAAGAGACUGAGGGCUUUCUACCUGGAUAAGUCCAACCUUCCCCCCAGCUCCACACCUAAAGCUGCCCUCAUAGACAAGUUGAUGCGUCCUCUGAAUGCUCUGGAGGAGUUGUAUCGGCUGAUGGAGAGUUUUAUCUCCUCCCGUCGCACGGCAGCUUGUCAGUAUACAGCCUGUGGGGCGUCAGGAGUCGGCCUGCUUACCGUGGCAUCAGAACUCUGCUCUCGCCUCGGAGCCACACACAUCGUCAUGUGCAACAGCGGCGUGCACCGCUGUACCCUGAGUGUGACCCUGGAACAGGCAAUCCUAUUGGCUCGUAACCACGGCCUUCCCCCACGAUGCAUCAUGCAGGCUACUGACGUCAUGAGGAAACAGGGGGCAAGAGUUCAGAAUUCAGCCAAGAACCUGGGAGUGAGAGACCGCACUCCGUCCUCUGUACCUAGACUGUAUAAGCUGUGCCAGCCUCCACCCCCAGAGGGUGAUUCCUAAUUCCCUAGUUCCUGUACGGAGCUGUCCAGUCCAGCGAAGUUCUGCUCACCCUUCUUCCUGACUCCAUUCCUUAGAAGACUACUCUCUUUCUACCACUGAAGAAUCAACCUGGGAGUGUGUCCCAAAUGGCGCCCUAUUCUCUAUUUAGUGAACUACUUUGGACCAGGGCCCAAAAUGCUCACACUCGUGAGUUCCGUGGGAUCCAAUAGGGCUCUGGUCCAAAGUAGUGCACUAUAUAGGGUAUAGGGUGCCAUAUGGGACAUAGACCUGGAAACAGAACAUUUUCUCUCAUCUACACCCAGCUUGCCUUUUCAAAAUGCCCACACUCAGUCACUCAACGGUGGGCUCAGUGGGUUCACAAUUUGUAAAUAGUGAAUUUUUAAUGCUCUAUUUUUCUCUCCGCUAUUGUGCUGUACUUUAUAGCUGAUUUUAAAAUGGAUUUAUAUAUGUGUCUUGUGUCCAGCUACAUUGCAUCUCAUUUAACAUUAACAGUGUUUAUAAUGGAACAACAACAGAGCCCGAGAUUGGUGCCUUGAGGCUGACGUCAAACCAGCCAACUGAAAUGGAAUGUAGCCUAUCCAUCAAUGUUCUUUCUUUCUGCAAAUAACUAUAAUGGAAUGAAAAUGAGCUGUUUUGUUAUCACAAAGUUCAGGAAAUGACCAUUCCAUGACCUGACUGAUAUUGUUUGAUAUUUGUUUGGAUAUGGUGUGAAAAUUGAAUGAGAUUAUAUGAGUUGUGGGGCAAUAUUGCUGUGCCCCAUUUGCGCAGUCAUUUAUUUUCCUUUCCUUUCUCUCCAACUUGCUCAUUCCAGAUAAUGCAUUUAUGGCUAUGUUGAUAACCAUGUGAAUGUUGUUGUAACAUUGAUCAUAGCGAUACUGUAAAAUGACGUGUAGAUAUGCAGGUAUGACACCUUGAACACUACCAUGUAGCCUUGUAGACACUCUAGUUUCAUACCGUCUCUAGAGUCAAAGGCUGCAUUCCAAUCUAAAUCAGCACCUUUGCUUCCUCCCUUCACUUGGAGUGACGUAUCUAGCUUUCCCGAGCGAGUGGAGUGGAGGAGGGAAGGGAUCACAAGUAAAGUGGAUUGAGACGCACCGAAAGAUUAGUAAGUGACCACUAAACGGUGCAGUGUAGCUCGUGUGUUUUCCAUUCUGCAGUCUCUGUGCCUUAAUGACGGUAUAUUACAGAUAUAAACAUGAUCAUCUAUACACAUAUGAAGUGACCCCCCCUGAUAUGAAGAGGUUCCUACAUGAACCAUCAGUAUUAAAACAGCACUCCAAGCUUAUGUAAGUAGAGCUAUGAAAUAUAUAUAAAUAUACUUAAAUAUUGUAUAUUGCCAGUACUCAGGAGCUAAGUAUUAUUCUGUAUUUAGGUAUUACUUACAGUAUCAUUGCUAUAUUGGUAACAACAUUAUAGAGUUGGUUAAUUACUGGACUAUACAAACAUGGGAUAUCAAACUGCAUAGAUGAGCUUGGAUGCAUUCCAAAUGGCACCCUAUUCCCUAUUUAGAGACCUAUGGGGCCUGGUCAAAAGUAGUGCACUGUAUAUGAAAUAGGGUGCCAUUUGGGACUCGGCCUUCUGUUUGACAGCUGUCCCCAUAUAUCUCUCAAUGUCUUACUGUAAACAUGUUUGAAAUAAGUACCUUUUCUAAUAUUGUAUAAUGAAGGUGUCUGCUUGCCAUAUAGCAGCGUAUAAUGUGUUGAAGAGAAAACACAUGAGAAGAAAGAGAAAUGUAAAGAUGCAACUGUAAAAAAAGAUGAACACCAAUAGCCAUGUUUGUUUGUUUGACUGAAAAUUACUGUAAUUUAUUUUCAUAUUAUGAGACUGACCCGCCAUAGUUGCCAUAUACACAAUGUAAUUUCUCUUGUUUUUAAACCAAUUUUCUCUGUUUUUCUUUUAAAUAUACAAUGUUAUACUGUAGUCAUUAAUUUCAAUUAAACCCAUUUAAAGGAGA